AUGUUCUGUAUCGUCCUCGUCACCCUGCUCUCUGCCUGUGUGUUGGCUGAUGGUGAGUCAUAGUUUAAUUGAAUAUCUUCAAGCCGAAAAAACACAUUUCAGAUCUGAUUUGACUUUUUAAAAUGUUUGAAAAAGUUUGAUUGAGAGGCACAUAUUAUUUUGCAUAGAUGUUAGCAGAUCUGAAAAAUUAUUGCUACAUAGGCAUGGGCAUACAUACUGCUAAGUCACCUCUGUAAAUAAGAAUUCAUUGAAGUUGAAAGGAAACAAUACUGAUGAAAUUCUGUCAAAAGAAAACCGUUAUUUAUAGAAAUGACAAUUUCCUUUCCUCUUAAUGUUGACAUAUUGACUUCUAUUUGCAUUUCCUGUGUCCACAGUCCAGCCUUCGUACUACUCCUUCUCCCCAUCAGUGGGUUCAGGAAGUGGCACCUCGUACAGCCUGACAGGAGAAGGCAGGAUCACAGCUAUCAGAGUGUGGGAAGUCUACAGCAAGUACAUCUAUGGGUAAAUAUCAAACAGACUUAAUUUAAUUCUAUUGUUUUUAUCACCAGCAUUCACUAAACUUCAGCUGCUCAGACAUGAUCUCAUCUCUCCUCAUUUCUUUAAUGUAAAAUAAAUCUGCGAGCGGUGAGAGAGUUGGAACCUGGAUGUUAAAUACGAAAAUGUUCUGAUGCUACAAUGAAGUUCCAAUAAUUACAGCUUCAGUGGUCUGAAAUUUCUGACAUUUAUAUACAGUAUAUAUAAAAAUUCAAAGUGUAGUCUUCAAGUUUGUGUUAUAGUUACUUUAGUUACUUGUGUUUGAUACUUUCAGUACUGUUUUACAUCACAGAAUUUUUCCUGUUCUCUAGUUUUCAGCUCCGCUAUGGUCACGAAUGGUCUCUAAUUGCUGGAAAAAAAGUUGGAGAUGCUCAAGAGAUGGAACUGUUUGACAAUGAAGCCAUCAUCCAGGUCUCUGGGAAGUAUACCUCUUACUUGCAGUCAGUGGUGUUUAUAACCAACAGAGGCCGCUCACUGUGGGCGGGGCAGCCUGCUGGAAGAUCCUUCAACAUGUAUCCCACCCACAGCGUGGCGGAGUUGCGCUUCCUCAGCGGUCGCUACACUUCUGUCAUUACUUCCUUCCAAGCUCAUUGGGGUUUAGUAGCAUCCACAUGA